UGAGUGGGCCCGGUCGCCGUGAGGCGGAGCGGAGGGCAGAUUUUUUUCUUGCUCCCGCCCCUCUUCUUCCCCCACCUGCCACGUACUGGGCCCGAGCUGCCGCCUGGCUGAGUGGGUCCGCGCGAUUGGCCGGGGCCGCGCGAGUCUGGAGCGAGGUGCCGCGGCCUCAGAGGGCAGCCGAGCGGGCCGUGACCGCGGCCUCGCCACUACGCCCGAGCACCCGGCGGCGCGGCCUCGGCUUCCCUUCGGCUCAGUGCGCGGAGACCGCGGAGAGGAGCGGCGGCGGCUUCUUAGCCGUUUCCCUAGAAUUGUAUAUAUAAAACAUCCUGGAGUCCACCAUGAACGGACAGUUGGACCUCAGUGGGAAGCUAAUCAUCAAAGCUCAACUUGGGGAGGAUAUUCGACGAAUUCCCAUUCAUAAUGAAGAUAUUACUUAUGAUGAGUUAGUGCUAAUGAUGCAGCGAGUUUUCAGAGGAAAACUUCUGAGUAAUGAUGAAGUUACAAUAAAAUAUAAGGAUGAAGAUGGAGAUCUUAUAACAAUUUUUGAUAGUUCUGACCUUUCCUUUGCAAUUCAGUGUAGUAGGAUACUGAAACUGACAUUAUUUGUUAAUGGCCAGCCAAGACCCCUUGAAUCAAGUCAGGUGAAGUAUCUUCGUCGGGAACUGAUAGAACUUCGAAAUAAAGUGAAUCGUUUACUGGAUAGCUUGGAACCACCUGGAGAACCAGGACCUUCCACCAAUAUUCCUGAAAAUGAUAGUGUGGAUGGGAGGGAAGAAAAGCCUGCAUCUUCUGAUUCUUCUGGAAAACAGUCUACUCAGGUUAUGGCAGCAAGUAUGUCAGCUUUUGAUCCUUUAAAAAACCAAGAUGAAAUCAAUAAAAAUGUCAUGUCAGCAUUUGGCUUAACAGAUGAUCAGAUUUCAGGGCCACCAAGUGCUCCUGCAGAAGACCGUUCAGGAACGCCUGACAGCAUUGCUUCCUCCUCUUCUGCUGCUCACCCACCAGGUGUUCAACCGCAGCAGCCACCAUAUACAGGAGCGCAGACACAAGCAGGUCAGAGUGAAGGUCAGAUAUACCAGCAGUACCCACAGCAGGCUGGCUAUGGUGCUCAGCAGCCGCAGGCACCACCUCAGCCACCACAGCAGUAUGGUAUUCAGUAUUCAGCAGGUUAUAGUCAGCAGACUGGACCCCAACCACCUCAGCAGUUCCAAGGAUAUGGUCAGCAACCAACUUCCCAGGCACCAGCUCCUGCCUUUUCUGGUCAGCCUCAACAACUGCCUGCGCAACCACCACAGCAGUACCAGGCGAGCAAUUAUCCUCCACAAACUUAUGCUGCCCCCACUUCUCAGCCUGCUAAUUAUACUGUGGCGCCAGCCUCACAACCUGGAAUGGCUCCAAGCCAGCCCGGGGCCUAUCAACCAAGACCAGGUUUUACUCCACCUCCAGGAAGUACCAUGACUCCAAGUGGGCCUAACCCUUUUGCGCGUAACCGUCCUCCCUUUGGUCAGGGCUAUACUCAACCUGGGCCUGGUUAUCGAUAAAGAGGCUUAGCUACACCAAUGAAUGUAGCUGCUAGCUAUUUGCCUCCCAAGAGACUCCAAUACUAUUUUAAUUUGUAUUGAAGUUCAGAAAUUGAAAAAGCAGAGCAUUUUUUUUAUGAUAUUAUUGUUGCUGUUAAUUGAAAGUAUAAUUUGCUGGAACUUAAAAGACCAAAAUGAAAUAUUUUCCCCCCUUUGCUUAAGUGUAGCAGCUUCCUAGUUAUUUUGGAACACUACUCUUAAAUGUGUAUAAGUGAUUGACUUUCUAGCUUGCCUUUUCCAGAGGAUAUUAAAAUGCUAGGUUGAAGUUUAGCCAUCUUGGCUUUUUACUAUUAACAUGAUGUACUAAAGUAGAUCCUUUUGAGAAGCCAGGUAGAGGCUAUGUAUAAAAUGUAACAUUGAUAGGUUAAUAAAGAUAAUUGAAUCCA